CCUGCUGCCAGACGACCUGUCGAUUGCGUUUGUGUAUUCGAUAGCAAAUCUGAUUGUGCUCGAAUUGCAUCAAGCAGUUCACGCGAUUCCUGAUGGUUGUCGGCGGAUUCGAUUGCUGGUGAAUCUGUUGGUUGAACAAGUAGACGUAGGAGGUGCUGCAGGCCGUGGAACGACAGAUGGAGUUGGAGUAGGCGUAGAAGAACCAGCAUCAAAUGUAGAUGGAAAACAUAAGACGAUCAUGAAGAUGAACGUUACGAGUCCACCUUCAAAGUUGUCCCCCUUUUCACCCGGUUCUAGUAGCAACACUCGAAUUACGAGUCGUGCCUCUCCCAACAACCCUAAGUCUCAUCAAGAACAGCGUUCCCCAGCCACGACUUCCGCUUCACACUCACAACUCCCUCUAGCCCAUCUGCGACCUUUUAUCGCGUUGCAGCUUCUCUAUCGGGGCCGCGAGUUGACGGAACUUCUCAGUUACAUUGACCUCACCAAUGUCGACAGAUUGGAGUUUCAAAAGCUGUGUCGAAAACUCCAUAACGCGGGAGAAAAUGAAGACCUGGCGGCCUUGUUGUCGCCUUCAUCUUCGCCUAGGCCUUCUCAGACUCAAAGCAUGGAUUCGUCUGUAGAGGACCUGAAGAAAAUGUCGCCAGCUUUAACUCUCGUUGGUGGCUUAAUCUUAGACCUGGUUUCUGUCUAUAUGGGUUUCUGUUGCGACAUUCUGACGCAAAUUUGUGUCCAGGCACCGAAAAUGCAAAGCACAGCACUCAGUUUAUCUGAUGUGGUACUUGCGAGUGGGGGCAGUAGUGUUGAACAACAACAUCUUCAAGGGGGUACUGGUACUGGUACUUUCAAAACAGCGACGACCACGAAGAAUCCUACUACUUCAUCGUCUGCUCCCACGACAGGUGGACUACUUGUUGUUGAUCCGAGCAAGGGCGUUACUGCAACGGGGGAAAACGAAAAGACUAUAGUCUUAGACGUCUCCGAAGUGACUACAGACUUGUUUCAUGCUCUUUCAGGGAAUGAAGUCCUCGAAUUCCUUGGGGAAGUGAAUAUCUUUCUCGCAAAAUUAGCAUGUGCGAAGAGCUGUCCCGGAAUUUUUACGCUGGACCACGAGGACUUGUUCAUCUCAGACCAUCAAGGUGGGAAUGGGAUUUUAGACCUGUUUGGAUUUGGAAGGGAUGCGAAUCAUCUUCAACAAGGAGUAGCAGAGGAACUACAUGGACAGUUGGCCGCGAGUAUGAUCAAGGAUAGCGAUAGGAAUGACGUCAACGCCACAAGUAGAAAUGCUAGGGGGAGGGUUAGUAAGAACAAAACUAACGCUAUGGGCACCCACAAUAUUGAUGACUUCUUCGAUGAAGAGGCUUGCUGCUCACCGCGAGCUCAUAUGAGCCAACAUAUAACGAAAAUAGGACAGAAUAGUCGAACCACACGCCCACAUAGAACACGGCACAUUUUACAACAUAGUACUGCCGCAGCCUCUUCAUCUUCCAGUAAUAGGGCAUCUACUUCUUCUUCCUCGAUAUCGUCAGCAGGAAAUAACAGCAAGGACCACGCGACCUCCAAAAAUAAUGCUUCCCAGCAUAGUACAAGCAGGUCUCCUCACGACCAUCAUUCCAGUAGAAAUCGAUCAUCCAGGACACUUGACAGGAGGAUCAGCACUUUCAAGGCAAAACUCCAGAAAUUAAUUGACAAUCCCCCUAAACUUUGGCGACGUAAACAUCCAGUAUUGACGCUCUACUCAACGAAGUCUCAGCUUUCCAAAGCGGCUGAUGUCCUUGCACAUGCAGUGCGCAUUUUGGAGGUGUGUGUGGAAGUGAUAGACAAAUCUACGUCCUCUACACCAACCUCGUCUCCUAAAUCUGCUAGUUCGAAGAUGAUCGUAGAAGAAAUUGCUGAAGAUGAUCUUGGCCAACCACUCCGUUCCCGCGAAGCUGCUGUGACAAUGCCAUCAGUUUUUCCGUCGUCAUCUUCUGGAGGUAAUGCCCGUAGAAGAAGCGUCUUUUGUGGUUUAGGGCCUGCUCCUUCGCCCACUGCUGUAGCUGCUCAAGGACCUUCACGAGGUGGUCCGUCUGCCUUACCGCGAACACAUAGCUGCGCUAGUAGUAUCCAGAGUGUGCACGGCGGCGGACCUGGACGAGAGCACCAAAGCGAUUCGUUGAGCCUUGAGAAUCUUUUCUGGGAUCAAGUGGCUCCUGGUGGACGUAGCAAUGGGGGUUACUCAAUGAGAACUAACUGCUCAUCCAUUUUCGGGAGAAAGAGAACCUCAGUUGAUCGGAUAUUGCAGAAAAGAGUCGACAUAUUACAAGCAGCACAAAGUCAAGGGGAGCAGGUACAAGAACAGCAGAUGCAGAACAACCCCAAUGUUGUUGCCAAGAGGACAGGAGUAACAUCCUUUUCCUCCUCGUUAGCUCCCAUCCAUCUGCGCCUAACCCUAUUGCGUGACUUUGUUCAGUGCAAGGUUCGGGAUCUGGAAAGGAGGGAGCGGCUUGUAAAACUCCGUAUAACCGGACUCUUGAAGACGGCUGCGACUUCGGAAAAGUGGAAUGUUUUUUUUUCGACCGCUAAAUCAGCAUCAGGAGCUGUAAAUUCCUUACUCCAACGUGCCGUGAAUGGCAAACGACGUUCGGAAGCUGACCUAUUGCGUAGUAGCUGUUUGUGCUACUAUGUGCUGGACAACUACUCGAAAGCGUCAACGGAAGGACAAGGAGCAGAGCAUGUGGCCCCAGAACAAGGACAGAGCUCCUCAUUCGAAGGGCACGGAGCAGCUGCCUCAGCGCGCCAGUAUUGGGUGGAGAGUCUUCUGCAAUGGGGCGCAGACCCCCCACAAGAGAAGCGCAUAUUAUAGUGUAAGACGUAAACAGAUCAUCAAGAUCUAUUUUUGCUGCAAUAUCACAGAGCCAUUCGUUGACAAUAUUUUUUGGUAAAACUCGUCACAGUCACAGUGGCGCGUGCACCGUAACCGUUGCUUUUAGGCACUUGGGUUGUUCUUGAUCAUUGUUACGAGCAUAUUUAUCACAAAAAUUAUAGAAGUGGCAUCUUGUUUUUACUUGCAAGAAGAAUGAACUUAGUGAUUUUUUUAACACAAUCUUCAAUGAAGAGCUCUACUCGACUCUCUACCUACUCUUUCAGCAAUAUUAUCGUCGAUGAGGAAGCAAUCCCAACUCGUCAUUCGUGUGAUCGACACAUCAUCAAUCUUCGUCUACAUCUACCUAAUAGGUCAAUGAUUAUUUCUUUCUAUCCACAUGUUGACCCCUGCUGUGUCUACAUGUAUUCACAUUUUGUUAAACAUGUCGAGAACGGGCUUGUUCGCAUUGUUUUCUUCGCCUGGAAGCAACUACAUGGAGGUGUUAACAGCAUAGAAUAUACAACUGGGCAUCGUCCGGUGUACUGCCCCAUUCGGUGGAGUAUGUUGUAAAAAAUUGUAUUCCGUGUUCCACCUCGUCGUAGAUCAGCUCUUGGCGGCAUUAUCUAGACGUCGUGGACGGGUUUUAAGUGAGCUGAAUUGCCGAACCCGAACCGCGAACAUGAACGAAUG